UCAAUGUCAUUAAUGAAAGAGGUUAUGUCAUGUUUUUGUUGAUAUAUCUCUAGGAUUUUUUCGUUUCGCUAAUAUAUAAAUUUUAUAAUGGAUACAAAAGAAUUUGAAAUUAGCCAAAUUAAACUAGAAAUUGUAUGUAAUGAAUUCUCUGAAGCUUCUGAAAAGAACGAUAUUAGAAAGUUUAGUACUAUUGAACCAAAUAACAUUUCUUCUAUCAAAACAAACAGUUUGGAUCAAAGUUCUCAGAAGCAAAAGUGCAUGAAUAAUCUGGAUAAUGUAUGCGGUAUGGAUUCGAUAAAACAGGAUAAGGAAGAUGUUCUCCUUGAAAGUUUGACAAAGGAAAAUUUUGAAGAUGGUUUUGUAAAAUCUGACAUUUGUGAUGUAUGCAAUGGAAAAUUUAUUAGUAAAACAGUCCCCACUCAUUAUACAAUUGAUGGUUUUUAUUGCUUUUGCCAAGAGGAGCAGCAAUCGAAACCUGAAUAUGUAAAUUGUGAGGAUCUAGUUCAAGAAUGUGGCCUUAAUGCAGAUUCUAAAAUGAGAGAUGAAUCAACAUCUGAGGGGGAAGUUACCUGUGAAAAAACCUCAUUAGCAGUAUGCGAAAGUGAAACGACUUGCAAAAUAUGUAAAAAAGUUCUUGAAAACGAGUGGAAUUUGAAUAUGCAUAUGAAGAAACAUGCAGAGGAAAAAAAGUUUUUUUGUAAAAUAUGUACAAGAUAUUUCAAACAAGAGACAACCUUGAAACUUCAUGAAAGUCUUCAUUCAAAAGAAUCAUCAUUCAAUUGCAAAACUUGUGGAAAAGUUUUCGAUAGCAACUACAGGUUGAAUUUGCAUAUGAAAAGUCAUUCAGAAGAAAAACCAUAUUACUGCGAUGUCUGUUCAAAAUAUUUCAAGCAUAAGAAAACCGUGGAUUUUCAUAAGAAAUUCCAUGCAGGAGAGAUGUCAGUCGCUUGUGAAAUUUGCAAUAAAAUCUUUAUACAUAUUUACAAUUUGAAUGAUCAUAUGAAGAGCCACAAAGUUGGAAAAACAUUCCAGUGCCAAUUCUGUUCCAAAUAUUUUAAAAGCAAUAGGACUCUGAGAGACCACGUGGAAUUAAUUCAUGAGAUAGAUGAAAUAUCAUCUGAAACUUCGUCACGUCUUGAGACAGCUCAAUCUAAAAAAGGGUUGUUUUGUGAAAUUUGUUCCAAACGCUUCAAAAACAAUGGUCAUUUGAAGGAUCAUAUGAGAGUCCAUACAGGAGAGAAACCAUUCAAUUGCAGUAUCUGCUCAAAAUCGUUCAGUUUCAAGUGUGCUUUGAAAAAACACGAGAGAACCCAUACAGAAGAGAAACCAUUCAGUUGCACGGUUUGUUUAAAAUCUUUCGCCCAGAGCUUGUAUUUGAAGGAACACGCAAAAAAACAUAAUGUAGAAGAAGAUAAAUCAUUUUCUUGUGGGGUGUGUUCAAAAUCUUUCAGAGAGAAAAGAUUCUUGACAAGACACGAGAUGAAUCAUAGAACAGAAAAACUAUUCCAGUGUGAUAUUUGCUCAAAAUCAUUCAAACAUGUCAUUGCUUUGAGAGCCCAUCGGAAGAUUCAUGUGGAGGAGAAGUUAUUCCAGUGUGACAUCUGCUCAAAAUCAUUCAAACUCAAAGAAACUCUGAGAAUACAUCGAAAUGUUCAUGCAGAGGAAAGAUUUCAGUGUGAAAUAUGCCACAAGUUAAUCAAACACAAAAUGAGUAUGAGAGCCCAUCUCAAAACUCAUUCAAGGGAAGAAGCAUUUUCAAAGAAACUUCAACUUUUUUGAUCCUAAGGAAUUUUCUUGUGAAAAUACAUAUAGUAUCAUUUCCUAUGAA